AUGUUAGUGAGCGGCAAACUGGCUGAAUGCUAUCAUUAUCUUCUUGAUGCUGCCGUCAAGAUGUAUCAGUUAGGGAUUGAUUGGACGACUCCUGAGCAUGGUCCAAUAAACAGCGCCAAAAGAUUGUGUACUGUUAUAAGUCCUGAUGUUCCUAAUGGAGCUCAUGCAGCCAAAUCAUCAAAGCAUUGUGUUGUACUUGACAUCGAAGGAACAACAACUCCAAUAUCAUUUGUGACUGAUGUUAUGUUUCCUUAUGCUCGUGAUAAUGUGCGGAAGCAUCUGAUUUCUACAUACGAUUCUGAAGAAACCAAAGAAGACAUCGAAUUGUUGCGCAUCCAAGUUGAAGAAGACCUGAGAAACGGAGUUGUUGGGGCUGUUCCAGUUGCACCCAGUGAUGCUAGCAAAGAAGAGGUUAUUAAUUCGUUAGUCACUAAUGUUGAGUCCAUGAUCAAAGCAGACCGGAAGAUUACAUCAUUGAAACAACUUCAGGGUCAUAUAUGGAGGACUGGAUUUGAAAGCAAAGAACUGCACGGAGUUGUUUUUUAG